AAAGCAGUGCAGCCACUCCUCCUGCCCGCUAGCGCGACGCCACGCAGUCAGUCUGGGCAGGUCCUCCUAUCCGCCGUAUCCGGUUCACCCGAUUCGACUCCACCCGAACCCCUAAUCCCCCUCCCACCAGGCCACCACCAUGGCCGACGACCCCGCCUCCGCCCGCUCCUCCUCCUCCGCCGCGGACGAAGACGAGGAGGGCACCGACAGCGACGCCUCCAAUAACUCCCACCCACCCGCCGCCCUGGAGGCCCCGCUCCCCGACUGCCCUGCCCCACCGCCUUCAGCCCCCGCUGCCGCUGCCGCUGCCGCUGUCUUCCCCGAACCAGCCGGCCCAGUUUCGCCGCCUCCGCCGCAGGGGGCGGGUGUCGCGGCGGCGGCGGAGGACUCGCGGCGGCUGUUCCAGAGGCUGUGGACGGACGAGGAGGAGUUGCUCAUCCUGCGCGGGUUCCUCGAGUUCACGUCGCGCCGGGGCACCGCGUUCGCGUCCCACCAGUACGACACGGGGCCCUUCUACGAGGAGAUCCGCCGGAAGCUCUCCUUCGACUUCUCCAAGAACCAGCUCAUCGAGAAGCUGCGCCGCCUCAAGAAGAAGUACCGCGUCUGCGCCACCCGCAUGGCGUCCCAGGGCGCCGCCUUCGCCUUCAAGAGCGCGCACGAGGGCGCCAUCUACGACGUCGCGCGCCACAUCUGGCGCCCCGCCUUCAAGCGCGACGGCGCCGGGGGCGACGCCUCGGACGAGGACGACAUCAACCCCGCAGAAGCAGCAGCAGUUGCAGCAGCCGCCGCCGCUGCCGCCGCGGAGCCGCCUGCUGCGGUCGAGGAAGGUGGCGGCGGAAGCGCGUCUGCGCACACCCCCAGGGGCAGGGGUUCGCGGCGUGGAAGGAAGAGGACGGCGCAAGAGAUGGAGGCGCACGCAUUCCCUGCAACUCCUGCUCCGAUGUUAACCGAUGUGGCUCAGGAGCCAGCUGUGGCUGCGUUCGAGAGUUCCGUGCCGGUGAUUGCGCAGCCACCUUCAGUGCCGGCAGCACCAUUGCCUCCUUAUCCAGUGACAACCAAUGGCCCCUCUGAAGCUCAUGUCAGGAGUAUCCUGUCACCGCUGCUCAAGGAGCUCAUCAGCUCGGUUGCUGUUCCUGGGCAGAACGUACCAGGAUUGGGAUUGGGCAUGGGAUUCGGGGGUGCUGAUAUUCUUGGCGCUGGUCUUGGGGUGGCUGGACUGAGCCCUCGGGUGCCCGGGGAUGACAAGUGGAGGCAGCAGCAGGUUCUUGAGCUGGAGGUCUACCUCAAGAGGAUUGAGCUUGUCCGGGAGCAGGUCAUGGUGGCGCUACAACAACUCAGGUCAUCACAAAGAUGAUUACCUCAUAUUGUGCUGUAGAAAUCUCCGAUUCGGAGGUAACAUUUUUUUUUUCUCUAAAGAGUAGUGAGUAUUUGUUUACUGUCAAUGCGGCAUUGGAAAAGGCAUACAUACAAAGUUGGUGGUGUGCUUCUCGUUAUACGCUUGGCCACUUGGGCCGCUUAGUUUUAUUCCAUGUAGUUGUCGUCAUAAGGUUAGGGAUGGAACUUUGAUCUGUAGAUGGGAUGGUGAUCAAAGUUUGUCAUUGCUUGUAGCUCACUUUAUUCUAGGGAUGUGAUGAGUCGUAUAAGUCAUUCGAGAAAUGCAGUCAAGGGUUUUGAGUCUCGA